AUGCAUUUAAAACGCUAUUCGUUGGGUCUCAUUAUAUUCCUGGCUGUGCUGAGCUGUAAGCCCCCACCCUCAAGCGCUUUAAUCGAAGAUGUUUUGGAUGUCUUGCAUGUGGUGAAGGAAGUAACAACGGCCGUUUUGAAAGCCUGGGAUAUUGUAAAAAUUUCUACCUCAAAUUCGGAUAUUGAUUUUCCUCUAAUGAGAGAUAAACAAAAGAAAGUUCUCUCACGUUUGAGAGAAGUCAGUAAUCAGAUUAUAAAAACGGAGGAUCAGCAUGCCGAACAAAUUGCCUUAGCCAUCGAUUCGGUUAAUAAUUUCGUCGAAGGUAAUCUACAAUUGCUGGCUAAACGUAAUGAAAUAUCGGAUACAAUGAAUCGUAUAUCAUCACGUUUCCAACAAAUGCAACAAUAUGAAACCUAUCAGGAUAAAUUGGAAAUGGAUACGCUGGUGAAAUUUGCCGAAUGGACUGUGGCGCCCAAUGCAUAUUCCGUACAUCAUUUAAUGGAUCGUUUACAUUUGAUGAUGUUCGGUACGGAUGAUAAGAAUUUGGGUGGUUCAUCAUCCAGUACGAAUAUUUUGGAAAUGAUGGCCAAUAGUUAUCAGGUAAUGGAGAGUAUGAUGUAA